AUGAAGGCUUUAGAUCGGAAACUCCUUGUGGAAAGUAAUAUUUUACCCAAUGAGAAACCUGAAUUGAGCGAAGAACAGACUGAGGAAAAGAACUCCAAAGAAUGGUCUGAAAACAUGACAGGUAUGGUUUUGGAUAAUAAAAGAACAAAAGUUGAAUUUGAGGAAGAGCUCAACAAAAUUGCCAGCAAGGAUGAUAGUAUUGAACCUGAAAUUAUGAAGGAUCAAAACAGUACUAUUCAAGAUUAUAAAGACAUAAUAAAAGCUGAGAAGAAAAAGUCUGUGUCAUUAACUGAUGUCUUUAAUAAAGCCCAAGAAGCUAAACUUAAACAACGGGAUCAACAGCAUAAAGAACAUGAAGAUAAUAAAGAACGAAGACACCAGGAGAAAUUGCAAUUACUAAAAGACUUGUUUAAAAAUUCGUAGGAAC